AUGCGGUCGACAUCGGCAAUAGCCAGUAAACCGUCUUCUACAACAGCAGCUUCACAAGCAUCUCGAAAACCCAGCGCCGCGCCUCGAACGCGCGGUCCAUAUGCUGCCUUUCCACCCUUACAAGAUCCCAAAGAUGCCCCCGACGUACCCGCGGCGCCGUCGUCUGGCAUGUACUGGUCUCGCGCGCCGGAGUCGGGGGCUCCUCAUACACCUUUGCGGGCGCACACCUUGACGUUAGUGGGCUCCAAUGUCUUCGUGUUUGGUGGCUGCGACAGCCGGGCCUGCUUCAACGAGCUAUACGUGCUAGACGCAGACUCGUUCCACUGGAGUAGCCCUCACGUUGCAGGGGAAAUACCUGUGCCGCUGCGCGCCAUGACAUGCACGGCGGUUGGCAAGAAGCUAGUGGUGUUUGGCGGCGGUGACGGUCCGGCAUACUAUAACGAUGUCUAUGUGCUUGAUACCGUGAAUUUCCGCUGGCAUAAACCACGAAUCUUGGGAGACAAAAUCCCGAGCGCCCGGCGAGCGCAUACUGCAUGCCUGUACAAGAACGGGAUCUACGUAUUCGGCGGCGGCGACGGAGUCAGGGCGCUCAACGACAUCUGGAGAUUGGAUGUCGCAGACACGAAUAAGAUGAGCUGGAAGCUGGUUUCAGGCCCAUCGUCAGGCAGCCCCAGCCGCGACAACAAGCCAAAGGCACGCGGUUAUCACACGGCGAACAUGGUGGGUAGCAAGCUGAUCAUCUACGGUGGUUCAGAUGGCGGUGAAUGUUUCAAUGAUGUCUGGGUGUAUGACGUGGACACGCAUGUCUGGAAAUCUGUCACCAUUCCCAUCACGUUCAGACGGCUCUCCCAUACAUCCACCAUCGUAGGCUCCUAUCUCUUCAUCGUUGGCGGCCAUGAUGGAAACGAGUACUCGAAUGACGUGCUUCUGUUAAAUCUUGUCACCAUGACCUGGGACAAACGGAAAGUGUAUGGCCUACCACCAAGCGGAAGGGGUUACCAUGGCACGGUGCUGUACGACAGCAGGCUGAUCAUGAUCGGGGGCUUUGAUGGUGGGGAGGUUUUUAGCGAUGUUUGGUUAUUAGAGCUGGCUGUGCAUGCUUAUUAUUCGCAGAUCAGCCAUUUUUCUAUCGAGGUUUAG